ACACCUUUCGGGAUUUCGAUUGGUUACAUUAAGAAUAAAACAAAGACCAAGAGAGAGAGAGAUCUAGAGAGAGAGAGAGAGAGAGAGAGAGAGAGGUCCAUGGAAGGUGUUUGAGCACUGAAUCACACCAAACCCAAAACCAAACCAAAACUAAAACACUUCAAAAUAUUCCAACUUCUCCACAAAUAAAAACUUCUUUCAUCAUUCUGCUUCUUCUUCUUCUUCAAGAAACCCACAAAAAAAAAAAAAAGAGUGAUGGAAGGAUUGUUGCCAAUGGCGUUUAAGGCAAUAAAGAGGAGCAGGACUCGCCGGAGAUACGAGUGCCUCUCUGCCGGAGCAGCUCAGUCGUUCGACGCCGACGACUGGAAAACCCACUUCGCAGAAUAUCCGACCGCUGAUCGGAGCAUCGAAACGAACGGCGGAAGAGCCCAUCGCCACCGCCGUUGGUCCGUCGGAGAUAUCUCAUCGUUUUCCUGCCAGGAAGAACGGCACGACGGAGAUGUCACCGGAGAUCGCACUUCGCCUCGGCCGGGACAACUUGUCAGGUUCAGGAGCCACAGACUGUUCUCUUGUCUGUCAUCAGGUGAAUAAGUUGUUUAU